UUUCUGCUAAAAAAUGGGAUGUUUACUAUGUAUUAGAAUUGUUUUCCCGUCAUGCAAACAAGUUAUUUUGCAUUAAUGGAUAUAGAUGACGAACUAUCUGAUGAUUUUCUUCGUACGAGAGCUCGUCAGUAUGGUGUAAAUGCUUCUCAAGCUGAAAUAACAGAUCAAAGCUCGACUGUUGAUAGCCCGCAUAGCAAGAGACGUGAUGAAAUUCUUCGUUCAAAUAAAAAAAGUCUGCAAUUUAAUGUACGUUCCGGUGGUUUUUUAAAAUCUAUAGGUUUCUCUUUACCUAGAUGCAUUCCAUAUCGUGAGUAUGGAAUGACCUUAAGAGACAAUUUCAAUACGCAAGUAUUGAGACUCAAAUUAAGACAAUUAAAAUUGGUAAAUUCUAGUCGAUUAGAUCUUUCCGAUUAUGUAAGUUGCUACCUUGUAAAAGGUUUUAAAAGAGAUUUGGUAGGAGCUUGGACUUAUCACGAGUAUUCAGCAACACUUCUGAAAUCUGUUUCAUUUCAGUAUUCAAAAUUAAUAUCGAAAACUGACCAAAUUGUGCCGAGUGUUUCCGACGCUUUUUGUUCAGACAUCGUUACUCUGCCAAGUUUCAAAGUGUUUGAUUUGUGUGGUUUGUCUAGUGGAGACCAGGAUUACAUCUUAUAUGUUGCCAAUUCAUAUUCACGCCAUAAAAAUAUAGCCCAGUUGGCCCCUAUUGAUGUUAAUGAAUGGGGUGACCAACCUGAUGAUGUGGUUAGGCGAUUUGAACAUCAAGAAAUAUUAUGGAGCUGUACCUGGAAUAGCUUCAGACGUCGAUUUGCUAUUGGUGCAGACAGAUGUUUCUAUCUACAUGAUUAUGAAAGCUUCUCUAAAAAGUCAGAAAUUCCUAAAGGACAACCACAUUCUUUAGAUUUUGAUGGAAAAGGAGAUUUACUCUAUUGUGGACUUCAUAUGGGCGAGCUUGUGUGCUUUGAUUUACGUGCAGAAGAUUCCAUUCCAUGCCUAAAAGUGCCCCUCUGUAAAAAUAUAUCUUUUAUCAAACUAUUAUCUGAUGAGCGUACAGUUAUUACAAGUGGAUUCAAUAGUGUUUUACUUAAUGUUGACCUUCGCUCAAAGAAAACAGUUUUUCAAUAUCCUAACCAUUAUACUCUAUUCAAAAAACUAUCCUUCAGUUUGAAUGAAUCUUUGGACAUUCUAUGCUCCCCUGGGGAAGACAAUAUUACUAGGUUGUGGACUUUGAGUGAUGGUAAACUAUUGCAUUCACUUCCAUUACCAUACAAAGACUGGUGUGGCCAAAUAAACUCGUUAUUUGAAGCUGAUGGAAGGAGAAUGUUUAUUCAUGUUUUGCUUGGAGAUGCAAUAUAUACCUAUGAAUCAUUGGAAGAUUGUGCCCAAUUCCAGUGUGUUUUGCCCGUAAAUCCACCAAUGGUUAUCUGAUUCUUUAUAUCUGUGAUAACCCGCUUACUCUGCCUAAUUGUGAUCUUCAUUCCUUUGAUCACAACUUUUAAAUUUACACCUGUUAUUGUUAACUCAAGUCUUUCAAAGCUGUUUUAUCUGUAUUUAAAUAGCAUGUUAAAAUUUAACUAUGCAAUGUUAAUGAAUUUCUUUGUAAUUUUACAUGUUCUGUUUAUUACUCUCGACUAGAUUACAAAAAAAACGCUGUGAUGUUGAUAUUUUAUUGAAUUCUUAUUUAUCAAGAUGUAUAAAAUUAUGCAAUUUGCUUAGCUUGGAAAUUUGGACGGAUGUAAAUAAAUAUCAAAAUAAAAAAAUUAGAUUUUACUCAAGGGUCAAACUUUGGACUA